UGACAAAUUGCAAGAUCAUAUUAGGGAGAUUUUCGCACAAUUGGGUAUACAAACGACAAAUUCAUCAAAUUUCCUGGAAAGAAGUCACAGAGUUAUGAAACCGGAAUAUGUGGAUCAAAGUAAACCUAGAGAUGUGAUGAUCUGCUGCUCGUCUUAUAAAUUGAAAGAACAAGUUAUAAAAGCAUCAAGACUUACUAAGUUGAAGGAUCCACAUAGCGACAUCAGGAUUUUUCCAGAUAUCUCCUAUCACACUAGGAUUAAAAGAAAAUCGUUUGCAAACUACACAAAGAUCCUGCACCAGAAGAAUAUUAGAUAUGUAUGGCGAUAUCCCUGUAAGAUUAUCGUUUC